AUGUCUGGCUCCUACGACGAGGCCUCGCUAGCUCCGGAGGAGACCACUGACAGCUUCUGGGAGGUGGGGAACUACAAGCGGACGGUGAAGCGCAUCGAUGACGGCCACCGCCUGUGUAACGACCUGAUGAACUGCGUGCAGGAGCGCGCCAAGAUCGAGAAGGCGUACGCGCAGCAGCUCACGGAUUGGGCCAAGCGCUGGCGCCAGCUCAUUGAGAAAGGGCCACAGUAUGGCAGCCUGGAGCGGGCCUGGGGGGCCAUCAUGACGGAGGCGGACAAGGUGAGCGAACUGCACCAGGAAGUGAAGAACAACCUGCUGAACGAGGACCUGGAGAAGGUCAAGAACUGGCAAAAGGACGCCUAUCACAAGCAGAUCAUGGGCGGCUUCAAGGAGACCAAGGAAGCUGAAGACGGCUUCCGCAAAGCCCAGAAGCCCUGGGCCAAGAAGAUGAAGGAGCUAGAGGCAGCAAAGAAGGCCUACCAUCUGGCCUGCAAGGAGGAGAAGCUGGCCAUGACGCGGGAGAUGAAUAGCAAGACGGAGCAGUCAGUCACGCCCGAGCAGCAGAAGAAGCUGCAGGACAAAGUGGACAAGUGCAAGCAGGACGUACAGAAGACACAGGAGAAGUAUGAGAAGGUGCUGGAUGACGUGGGCAAGACCACACCCCAGUACAUGGAGGGCAUGGAGCAGGUGUUCGAGCAGUGCCAGCAUUUCGAGGAAAAGCGGCUGGUCUUCCUCAAGGAGGUGCUGCUGGACAUCAAACGUCACCUCAACCUGGCCGAGAAUAGCAGCUAUGUCCACGUGUACCGGGAGCUGGAGCAGGCCAUCCGGGGGGCCGACGCCCAGGAUGACCUCAGGUGGUUCCGCAGCACCAGCGGCCCUGGCAUGCCCAUGAACUGGCCCCAGUUUGAGGAGUGGAACCCAGACCUUCCUCACACCACCGCCAAGAAAGAGAAGCAGCCCAAGAAGACAGAAGGGGUGGCACUGACUAAUGCCACUGGAGACGAGGGGAGAGGCAAUUCAUGCUGGGGCCUCUCCUUACGUCUCAGCGUUAGCAGCUACGACAGGGGCCAGCCUUAUGCCACCGAGUGGUCGGACGACGAGAGCGGGAACCCAUUUGGGGGCAAUGAGGCCAACGGGGGCUCCAAUCCCUUCGAGGACGACGCCAAAGGAGUGCGUGUGCGGGCACUCUAUGACUACGACGGCCAGGAGCAGGAUGAGCUCAGCUUCAAGGCUGGAGAUGAGCUCACCAAGCUGGGCGAGGAGGAUGAGCAAGGAUGGUGCCGCGGGCGGCUGGACAGUGGGCAGCUGGGCCUCUAUCCCGCCAACUACGUGGAGGCCAUCUAG